AUGAGCAGUCUGCUGGUAUCGUAUAACAACACAGAAAUCCAGCCGUUCUACAUCGGCAACGCCUUUGCCUCGAUCUCCCAAGAUGGCGAAUUGUUGGCGUCGGCGAUCAAUGAAGAAAUCGUUCUUUCUAAUCUUCCCCAAGGGGAAAUUGUUGCAAAGCUCCCGGGGGAUGGCGAAGACAUCACCGCCUUGCAACUCACUCCAAACGGUGGGCAUUUAGCCAUCUUGUCGGCAUCUCAACAGCUACAGAUCUAUAAUGUGGAAGCGCUGACGGUGACCCAUUCAUUGAAGUUACUGAGUCCAGUAUACUCAACCGCCGUUGAUCAGACUUCGACUUUGUUUGCCCUUGGGGGAACCGAUGGGUUAAUCCAAGUGUGGGAUAUUGAUAAUGGAUACAUUACCCACUCGUUUAAAGGUCAUUCCGGGAUCAUUUCCUGCUUGAAAUUCUAUGGAGAAUUGAACUCUAACCGGUGGUACUUGGUGUCUGGGGAUGUUACAGGGACGAUUAAAGUAUGGGAUUUGGUGAAAAGAAAGUGUAUUGCCACUUUGAAUGAACAUAAUUCUCCAGUCAGAGGUUUAGAAAUCAGUCCGGAUCUCAAGUAUUUGGUGAGUGGGGGUAGAGACAAUAUCAUUAACGUGUUUGAGAUCACGACAAAGUCUCAAGGUAAUCUCGGGUUCAAAGUAGUGAAAUCGAUCCCAACCAACCAGCUGAUAGAACAAUGUGGGUUUGUUAGCCAGGUGGGCAAUGAAAAAGAAAGUAACGGAUACUACAUUUUCUUUGGGGGUGACGGAUGUUAUUUGCAAAUCUACGAUUUUUUGAAUAAUAUGCUUAUUGGGGCAUCACAAAUGCCUAUAGAAACCACUGAAGAAUUGCUGAUCAACCAAAUCAUCAAGAUUUCUGAUUCUCGUAUGGUAUUGGUAUUGUCAGAUCAAACGAUCCAGAUUAUUAAUUUGCAAACCGACGCAACCCUCAACGAAGAUCACAAAUAUUCAUUUACCGUGUCAAAGACUUAUGGGGGUAACCACGGGAUUGUCGCGGAUAUUUCCUUCGUUGGCCCAGAUAGAGACUUGGUGGCCCUUGCCACGAAUUCUCCGGCCCUUAGAAUCAUUAGACCAUUCGGUAACCAGUUUGAAAUGGAAACUCUUGAAGGACACACUGACGUGCUUAAUUCUUUGGAUGUCAGCGAAGAUGGUCAAUGGAUUUUGACAGGGUCUAAAGAUAAUGAUGCCAGAUUAUGGAAGUUUGACGAAACCAGUUUCCGGUGCGUGGCGAUUUUCCAAGGCCAUGCGUCGUCAGUAUCUUCAGUUAGCAUGUCGAGGGUCUACAAUGGUAAACAACCAACGUUUAUUAUUACUGCCAGUAGUGAUUUGACGAUUAAAAAAUGGGAUAUUCCAAAGAUCAAAGAUAUUGAGGAAUUAAUGGACCAGCCGCUUAUAAUUAAAAACUCCAAGUACACUAGAAAAGCCCACGAAAAAGAUAUUAAUUCCGUGGACUUGUCACCAAACGAUGAAUUUUUCGCCACUGCUUCAUAUGACAAGACCGCGAAAAUCUGGGACUGUGCCACUGGGGAAACCGUGGGGAUAUUAAAAGGUCACAAGCGAGGACUUUGGAAGAUCAAGUUCUGUCCGUUUGAUAAAUUAGUAUUGACGUGUUCUGGGGAUAAGACCUUGAAAUUAUGGUCGUUGGAGACAUAUCAAUGUGUGCGGACCUUUGAAGGCCAUUCUAAUUCGGUGCUUGAUUGUGAAUUUGUCAAUCGUAGAGAAAUCUUGGCCAACGAUGUGAUGAGCAGUAACUUGGACGUUAAUUUCAAUAGAGCUACCAAUAACGAGAUCAUUUCUUGUGGGGCCGAUGGGUUGAUCAAACUUUGGAAUUUAAAAUCGGGGGAAAUUAUCAAGACUUUAGACGAUCAUAUCGAUAAGAUUUGGUGUAUGUCAUCGAAAAACAAUGGUGAAUGGUUCAUUAGUGCCGAUAACGAAGGGAUGAUUAAUCUUUGGAAAGACAAUACUUUGGAAGUCAUGAAGGAAAACCAAAAGAAUGCCAAGCAGGUGGUGGAACAACAACAAUCGUUGGAGAAUUAUAUCCGGUUGAAACAAUGGCAAAAAGCGUUCAAAUUGGCGUUGAAGCUUAAUCAUCCAAUGAGAUUAUACAAUGUUUUGAGAUCGUCAAUUGAAGAAGCCAAUGGCGGAUCUUCAUUUUUAGGAUCGGGAGAAUUAGACCAGUGUAUCGAAGAUCUCAGUGAUGAAGAAUUGAAAUCGGUAUUUGAGAAGUUGAGAUCGUGGAAUGUCAAUUUCAAAUUCUUUGAAAUCAGUCAAAAGUUGCUCAAAUGUAUUUUCCAUUACCAUCCAGUGGAUAAAUUGACGGAAAUCCCUGGGUUAAUGAAGGUCAUUGAGGCGGUGAUUCCUUAUAACGUUCGUCAUUACCAAAGAAUUGAUUCAUUGCUCGAGGAUAGUUACAUUUUGGAUUAUACCAUCCAAGAAAUGAAUAAAUUGGUUAUUUAG